GGUUGACCCCCUUCUUGUGCGCCUUCUUGUAAUACUUAUUGUGUACACGCCGCCCUCCUGCGCUACCCAAAACCUGGAAUUCAACUGGAGCAAUCAAUGGAAUCUAUCAAGGGGGAAGUCGCACCACUGUUACUCCUGCCCGAGUCAUGGGAGGUACCUGUUGUCCCCGCCGCUCUCGGUAUCAAGACGAAAUUGUCGAACGUCAAACUAAAGCAAUCUCGGUAUGAUGAUAUAUGGAGUGAGGACGUGCACGCUGCAUUCAUGGAAGGUAGGGAGCGCAUCCGUCACCGAAAUUGACGUUCUUGUACAAUCGUAGCUGAGAGUAUGUUCAAGCUAUUGCCAUCUACCCGCCAAUGGGUAAGCGGCGACUCAGAUACGUACGUAUCCUAAAGGAGGAUCGAGACGAAACCGCGGAGUCGUCCCACCUCGUCAAGUCGUUCGGUCGGUGUCAACUCAUUCAGUCGUACAUUCUGGAGAAGACCGGCAAGAACCGUACUCGAAAGCAAGUAUCAAGUCAUCUUCAACGACUGAAGAAAAAGUACAAGAGCGAUCCAAUCAAGCGCGUAUUGUUCUUGGAGAUCUCGCAGCUAACUCAGGAGCAUCCUGACCGAGAAGAGCCGGCGCUAUCUUCUGCGGGAAUCCAAACAGAUACUACCCCGCCUCUGUCUUUGUUCUCCGAUCAGGCUUCACCUUUCAGUGGUAUCGUCCGGGAUGGGCUCGAAGAACAAAAGCGAGGUGCCACGUCUGCUAAUUCUGCCAACGAAUCCUACUUCACAUACUAUCACGCCGACAACAGACGCCAUUUGUUUGGUGAACAAGAGAAGGUAUCCAACGCCUCGAUGGUUCCUCAGGUCGGACCGACUUUGCCGAUGGGGAUUCCAACAGAAAAUUCAGUCAGCUCUGAUUCUGAAUUCUCGCUGUCUUUGAGACGACUCGGCAACAAGCUGGCCCCACUCAGCCGGCAAUUGGAAGAGCCCACCACCGUCUACUCUUCCGAAGUUCAUUGCUCCCCUGCAUGUGUUGUCACUCACGAUGGUUCCAAUCUUACCAUGAUGGACUUUUCCUGCAACUAUCCACUAACUCCAGUAGACCAACUCCUCCACACUCCUUUGCAGCCUCCGCAGAUCACGCGUCUCGAAAAACGACGGGUUGUUCCGGAGAACGUCGACGGAUGCUGGGGCUGGCCGGUCAAUGCCCAUACAACUGGCUCACCUCCGGACUCAGAUUCGUAUACACCCCAUGCGCACACUGCAGAACUUUUGCUCUCACUCUCAGAUAAUAGUAGCGAGCCUUCCUUCAACGUGAACUUUUUGAGCGAUUUUCACCCGGAGCGCGAGGACCGGCACCACGCUCGGCGGCUGUCCUACUCUCAUGCCUACAAUGCUUCCUCGUACGCUCAGGACUUGUUUUCACAAGGAUUUCUGCACGUUCUACCGACACACCCUCAAUUUCUUCCUGACCUGUGCCCACAUGCGGAGGAAACACUUGCGACACCUCUCAUCAAGCCUAUUCCCCUAUAUCCCGCUGCAUAUACGCAUUCAGAAGAUGACACACCGGAUCUGUCACCCGUCCCCGCUUUGUAACGCACCUGCAGUUUUUAUUUGUUUUCUUCGCCACUAUUUUUACGAUCACCCAGACGUGUCAUAGCAUAACUUGCAAACAUCUCAUCGACACAUUAAUACUUGGUAGAUUAAUAUCGCACUCCUGUCCAGUAUUGUUUUAUCACCCUUCGGACAGCCUGUGGGCAAUAGUAAAUAGUAUAGACAUAUCAGCCUCAACUGGAC